AUGUCCAACGGCGCGUUCGACGGCGCGGUGGAUCCGCUCUUCACGAGCGCCAUGCGGGCGUCCGCGGCGAGCGCGGGAGACGACGGGAGGGGAAACAUCGACGUCGAUGCGUCGUCGUGGAGCACGCUGGAUGAAUCCAUCUGGGAAACGCUCGCGCGAGACGCCGAACUCGUGCGAAAGAACUGCGUGGCGGUGCUGUUGCCCACGAAUUUCCACGCGGACGGCGCGCGCAGGCUGCGCGAGUGGGAUCUCUGGGGACCGCUGUUCUUCGUCUUGGCGCUGAGCGCGCUGCUGAGCGCGGGGACGAAGAACGCGAGCGAGACGUUUAGCGUCGUCUUCGCCACCGUGGGGAUCGGCGCGGUGGCGCUCACGGCGAACGUGCUGUUGCUCGGUGGAAGGAUUAUAUUUUUGCAGAGCGUGGCGCUGUUGGGGUACUGCGUCGUGCCGUUGGUGUUGGCGGCGGCGGCGUGUUUGGCGAGCGAGAAUAAAUAUUUUCGAACCGUCGUCGUCGGUCUCGCCGUCGCGUGGUCGUGUCGGGCGAGCGUGCCGUUCGUGAGCGCGGCGGUGCCGGGAAGUCGCAAGGCGCUGGCGGUGUAUCCGGUGAUGCUGAUGUAUCUGUUUUUGGGGUGGUUGGCGGUGGCGCGAAGCGGCGUACACGGCGGCGGCGCGACGCCCGCGCCUCCGCCCGUGGGGUUUCCGCCUCCGCCCGUGGGGUUUCCGCCUCCGCCCGUGGGGUUUCCGCCGCCGCCCGUGGGGUUUCCGCCGCCGCCCGCGUCCUCGCCCGCGUCGCCUCCCUAG